UUUAUAAAUGAAUCAAUGAUGAUUGAUCCCAUUAUAUAGCGGUUAAUUAGAAUUUGAUGCAUGUGGGUUAGGGAUAUUGUGAGGAUGUCGAAUCUGUACGGGGAUUAUAGCCAAAAGAUUGAUUACGUGUUCAAGGUGGUGUUGAUUGGGGACUCCGCAGUUGGAAAAACUCAACUUCUUGCACGCUUUUCUAGGAACGAAUUCAGCCUCGAUUCCAAGGCAACCAUUGGGGUUGAGUUUCAGACUAAAACUCUCAUCAUUGAUAACAAGACCGUCAAGGCUCAGAUAUGGGACACCGCUGGCCAAGAAAGAAAUUGGAGACAUGGGUGUGUUUGUAGAAUUAUGUAUUUUCUCUACGGGGGGUAUGAUCAUGGAUGUAUGAUUUCAAAUGAUGUUUGUUGGAUAAGGAAAACUGGUAAGGAUUACUUAAGAGUCCUUCAGCAUGUCAAUUCAUUUAUUGAAAAUUCAACCCAAACAUCAUAUGAGACUUGAUCGUUGCCUU